GUUUUCUAUUUCGCCGACUUGCUGUGGUUUGGUCGUGCAUGUCUAUUUCUCCUACUACGGUGGUUUGAGUUUCGUUUCGACCGUUCAUCAGUUUCAGUUUCGGUUGGCGCAGCAUAUGACGCUAUGCUUAUGUGAACUUUGAAAAUUGUCUCUGUGUACGAUUAACCUAACCUCACAAACACGAAUGUUUCAUUUUGCCGUUUUCGUUGUUUUUCCGCAAGAAUGGUGAAUAAACUUGAAUGGAACUUUUAUAGUUUUGUUUAUUUAGUGCUUGUUUUCUAUAUUUUCAUCAACUGUGCAUCUGGACAUAGACUUUGCAAUCAUCAACAUCCUAAACAUCAUGAGGUACUUCAUACAAAAGUAGAUCCAGAACAUGUCGUUAAAAAGAGAAGUGCAGAUCAAUCUCUACGCAUCUUGUUAUAUUAUGACCAAAGUGUAUAUAGGUUAGACCAAGAGAGAUUCGCAUUAAUUAAUAACACGAUAUUGCCCGAAGCUGUGAAUUUUUGGGAAAAAGCUCUUUUUGUUCGAAGAACAGAAAACGUCAUACGUUUAACAAGAAAAUGUAGUGAUACUCAAGUUUUCGUUAAAGAUGGUUGGACUCAUUGCAUUGACACUUGUAAAGAAAAAACUAUGUGUGGUGAGGUAGAAGUACCAGAAGAUCACCUUGACGCGUGUCGCAUAUGCAAUUCGACUGGUCAAAACUGUGGUAUUGCCAAAGGAUCCAAGGCUGGACCGGGCAUUCCAGACUUCGAUUUCGUUUUUUAUGUAUCGGCCAUGCAAACUGAAAGAUGCACUAAAAAUUUGACAGUUUCCUACGCCGCACACUGCCAGCAGGAAUCUGCUUUAGAUAGACCAAUUGCCGGCCAUGCAAAUCUCUGUCCAAAUAGUAUAAGUACAAAGCGACAAGAAUUGGAAAUAUUGUUGUCGACGGUCAAGCAUGAAAUACUUCAUGCUCUAGGUUUUUCAGUAAGUUUGUACGCGUUUUACAGAGACGCCGAAGGUAGACCGUUGACACAAAGGAGUCCGGAAACUGGAAAACCGCCGCUCAACGAAUCCCUCCAAACAUAUCAAUGGAGUGAUAAAGUUAUAAAAACUUUCACAAGACCAAACUGGUUGGUUAGAUCGGGUUAUUUGAAGAGAGAGGUACAGAUGAUGGUAACCCCUAAUGUUGUAAAAGAGUCUAGAGAAUAUUUCAACUGUUCUCAGCUAGAAGGUGCGGAGUUAGAAGAUCAAGGAGAGGAAGGGACGGCUUUAACACAUUGGGAAAAGCGAGUCUUUGAAAAUGAGGCAAUGACCGGAACUCACACACAAAACCCAAUUAUUUCGAGAAUAACUUUAGCCCUUAUGGAAGAUACAGGAUGGUAUAUAGCUAACUAUUCUAUGGCAGAAGAUAUGUCAUGGGGGAAGAAUCUAGGGUGUGAUUUCGUGAUGAAAAGCUGCAAAGAUUGGAUAACAAUGAAAUCAGCUAAGGGUUUUUCUAUCCAUCCAUUUUGCAACAAAGUAAAGCGUGAUCCUCUACAAACCGAAUGUACUGAUGAUCGAACGUCGGUUGCCCUAUGUAACCUUGUGGAACACCAGAAACAACUUCCUCAACUGUAUCAGAAUUUUGAUUAUAUACAAUUUGUGGAGAACGGCAGAGAAGGAUAUUAUGGAGGAUCAGUAUCCCUCGCAGAUUAUUGUCCCUAUAUUCAAGAAUUCACAUGGCGAUCGAAAAACGUAGUUGUCAGAGGUUCACAUUGUCAGUAUGUUGAAAAUAAUCCAUCACCGGACAAAAAUUUCGCUUUGGAGAAAUACGGUGACAAGUCUCGAUGUUUUGAACAUACUAACCAAAUGUGGGAAGAGAGAUCCUGUAAACAAAUGCGACAGUGGCAACACUGGGGAUCGGGCUGUUAUGCUUAUAGAUGUGAAAAUGGACGAUUGCAUAUAUUAGUUGGAAAUUACUCUUAUGAGUGCUACCAUCCAAACCAGGAAAUAUCCAUACGAAUAAUUAGUAAUGGUUGGCUCCAUAAAGGAGCGAUUGUGUGCCCUCCAUGUAAAGAAAUUUGUGCCAAAGAAUUUAGCUCAAGAGGUGAACGCUGUAAAAUGCGAGAUGAGUCACCUCCUUCAACUUCAUACCCAAGAGACGACUUACAGUGUGGCUGCCAUAUUGUCAAAGCUAGCAGUCUUCUUCUACUUCUCUCAAUUAUAGGAACACUAGCAUUUAUAUGACAAUAGAUAUAAGUAGAUCAUAUAUUAUAUAUACUAUAUUAUCUGUAUGUUGUUUAUACUAUGAGGUUUUAGUUGUUUUUAUCAAAAUAAGACAUCAUGUGCAUGUCAUCGACUGAUUUAAUCUAAAAAUACUAAAAUCUCUCAGAUUUAGAUGAUUUCAAACCUUUUCUUACAAUUUUUUAGUUUGUUAGAACUACGAACAAUUGAAUUCAAUUGUGAUAAAACAGACAAGUAAGUGAUUCAAUCACCUAAUUAGAACGAAGUAUUUUUUAGCUGAAAGGUGUAAAAAAGGUUUUGAAACUUUUAAGUCACACUUUCUCUUUCUAAUAAGUUUCUACAUAGUAUUAUUUCAAUUUUCCACCUUCUAUAGUUAAUUCUUAAAGAUAUAAAUAAAUCGUGACCAAACUUCCCCACCAACGAACUCAAGAUAUUAGACUAAGGCAUUAUUGGUUUUAAUAUUAAAAAAACCAACUGUAACGUUUUUAACACCUUGCUCAAUGGAUUUGUAAUGCCGGCUGUACAUGCUCAUUGAUAUAACCUGAGAAUGAGACAUUCUGAGGUAUAUAUUCUCGAGAAUAAACCUAUAAUAUAAUAAACCUAUACCAAUAAAAUUGCGUACAGGGAAAGCCGAAAUUACUCUCGCUAAACGUUUUCUCUAUGUUCUGGCAUUGAGGUUAAAAUAAUCAGGAGUAGUCAGCACCAAGAACUCUUCCAUAAGGAACUUGAAUUCCACACAAUCUAAUUUUGUGAAGUCAAAAAUUACACCAAGUGUGUAGCUAUGAAAGCUUUAAUUUUAGUGACAUUAACAAGAAAAAUGAUCAUAUUUAUCACUCGAGAGUUGACGAUAGUCGUACUAAACUCAAUUGAUUCAGUGAUUUAUGUUACAUCGGGUACAUAAACUUUGCAGCGGUGGUGCAGUUAUAUGGCAAAUUUAUUGCUAUAGAAUAACGAGAGGUUUUCAAGACCCAUUGCACGAUGUCACAUCCACCUUGUAUUGUUUUUGAAUGUAUAUCAAAAUAAUGGAACUGUGGGAAGGCUGGAGUUUCCAUGACACAAACCACGUAAUCCAUUAUUAAGUUGUUUAUUUACAUUUUACUAUAAAGUGAGAUAUAAUGUCUUUGUAAUUUGUGACGUCAGUAGAUAAUCUGACAAUUUUGGUUUAGUAAACCACCCUAUUCUUUGAAGAAGUGUCCUUGGGUCAAUAUAUCGGAAAAAGUUUCACUUUUAGAGUAUUGAGUAUUGUAUGCUUCAAGUUCCUUUUUAUUUAUCAUGGUAGUUUGUACAUGUUUUUUUCACAAAUUUCUGAUUUUUUUUUGUAACAAUAUGUAAAUAAACCAAUUAAGACACGAACAUAAAAUAGAAAGGCGAAAAUGUUUAAUACUAAGUACUUUUUUUAGUUGAUUCUUAUUGUACUGCUUGACCAACUUUAGACCAAGUUAGUCAACGAGAGAUAUUCAUGUGCAAGUCGCCCAAGAGUUUCAGUAUUAAUCACUAAAUCAUCCGGUAAUUAAAUUUUAUUAUUUUUUCAGUUCCUUAGCAAGUCUAUGGGAGCAGAUUCUAACACGUAUUAAAAAUAUUUGCUCGUUCCAUUAAAUCAUUUUAAUGAAAUUUAUUAUUUUUUUAUCUUUUAUGGGGUACUUUUCUGGCUAUAUUCUAUGAGAUUUCUUUGUUUUUGGAGACUACACAAGAUAAUCAAAUUAAGACUUUGAUUUGCGUUCGAAUUGUCCAUCUUUAAUCUUCUUAUAAUACUCAAUAUCCUGUGGUCAGCUAAGUUCCAUUUCUUUCGGUCCCAAGAUUUAUUCCACCAACAUACUUUAGCACGAAAUCAUGUAAGAUAUAAAUAAGCAAAAAAAGCUAAUUUAUAUCUAUCAAUUCUUGACAAGUCUGGUAUUCCUUCAAUCUAUUAGUCUUUAAAGUUAGUUGCAAUGACCUCGCAAUAACACUUAGAUCAUUAUCCACGUUUCAAAUAAAUUAAUUUCAAUUAUAUGUUUCCAAAACUUUCAUCAAUAAUUUAUUUUAUUAACAGGUGAGUAUUUAGUUAUAACCAUAUACAUUUAUAAUAAGCCACGUUUAAAAUAACAUGACCUCAAAAUAAUAUAUUGAUUCUUCAACUUUGGGACAAUGUAUCAAUAAUACGAGGUCUGGCUAUUAAAUAACGAGACUGGUUACGAAAAUUUUAUUCUAAACAUUAAACUACAUUCAAAUGCCAGACCUCGUACAUAGAUUCGCUUCUAAUAAUUUAAAUGAUUGUUUUGUUACGAAUUGAAAUUUUUGAAAAAAGUCAAUAUAUGUCAUCUGUGUCUAGAGACAUUUGAAGGGGCUUAGCAAAGUCCCACUUUUUUCACGCAUAAAUCUUCACUGAACUUCUUCCUGGUUAAUCUUUCUAUUUCGAUGUUUUCAUUUAAUCUAAGAAGUAUUUUUAAAAUUGCCUGAAUGCAUUUAUUAUAAAAGGUUUAUAAAGUAACAUGUACACGUUGCUAAGUUUUUUAGUUUAUCACGAUUUUGAAAAAAAUUUAGGAUAUUUAGAGUAAUUAGUUUUACAUUGUUUAAUAAUUAAUCAUUUAUAUAACUUGUAUAUAUCUGCUCCCAUCUGUGUAAAUCACAACAAAAAGUAGAAUAUACCGUAUUUUUAGUAAUUUUGUUUUAAGAAUUAGCUCAGUUUUUAUAUUUACAUUCCAAAAUUAAUCGUGGCUGUGUUGACAAGUUUAUUACUUUGUAACAAGAAUAGUAUGUAAUUCAUUGAGUGCGAUGUUUUCUUUUUUAUUUUUUCUGUACCAACGUCGUCCUUGAAUUUGGUUUGUAUCUUAACCAAUCUGUUGUGAUGUAUUAGUUACGUUCCACAUUCGUUACAUUCAGUUUUAACUGAAUUUCUCCAAUAAAUUAGAAUCAAACGUUGUCUUUAGUAUUAGGAACCAAUGUUCUAUUUAUUUAUAAAGAAUCCAUUAUAUGGCAUAAGUAUACACUAAAAUUCCUUCAUGUAA